UCUCCUCAGAUGGAUUCUUUAGUCAGCCGUGUGGAACCGGAGCGGCUGCCGGAGAGAGACAGACGCAGAGAGGGAGGCUGCUGGGAGCAGACGCUGGGUCAGAGCGCUCAGUUUGCUUCAGACAAUCACAGGGCAGAGAGAGAGAGAGAGAUAGAGAGAGACAGGAAAAAGAGGUAGAACACCACAUAGAGAGAGACAGAGAGGGGAACGGCUGUAGAGAGGGAGGGAGAGACGGAGGAGGGAGGUAAAUGUGACAGGAUGUGGUUUCCCUGAGCUUGCACAACAUACUUUGAGCAUGACCUAAACGCACCGAGUGAACAAGUGUGUCUGAGCUCCGUUAGGUGCUGAAGAGAGAGAAGAGGGGGGAGAGAGACGAAGCCAACCGCUGGAGCUGUUGCUGCCGCUUGCAUCUCAGACGGAGGACUGGGUUUUUCCCCUCGGAGAGCCUCGCUCAGCUGCAAGCCUCCACCGGCGUGCCGGACCAGAUCUGAAGCGGUCCUCUUUCCCCUUCGCACCUCUGAAGUAGAAUGACAUGUGCUGAAGGGAGCCCUGGACCGGUCUCCAAGCAGUGAACUUCUCCGCCACAUUGUGAAACCAGCAGCGUCUGCAUAGGACUGACUAACGGUGGAGCCAUGGGCUGCGGGCUCCGUAAGAUGAAACCGGCAUCAGAAGAGAACAGUCCGGGAAAGAUUUACUCCACUCUGAAGAGACCUCAAGUGGAGACCAAAGUGGGCGUGGCCUACACAUACCGCUACCUGGACUUCUUGAUUGGCAAAGACGGAGGGACCUCGACGCUGCGUCUCUCAUCGGUGCGAGAGCUGCCCGAUCAGCUCCAGGAGCUUUACCAGCAGGGUUUUGUCCUGGCAGCCGUCCAUCCGUUUAUCCAUCCCUGCGGUCCAGAGUCCAACAGCCUGCAGCACCAGCUCUACCGGGCCAUACUUGUCCGAAUCAGUGAUGGAUCUCUUGCCUAAGACAGUGGAAAGUGUCUUCAUCUUCCAGGAGGCAAGUGAUGGUGAGCCAGAUGCUGCUGCACCGACAUACGAUGCCAUUGUAGUGGAACAGUGGACCAUCAUUGAUGGUUUGCAGGUGAAGACUGAUUACGUUCCCCUGCUUCAGUCACUGGCCACAUAUGGAUGGAGACUCACCUGCGUGUUGCCGACUCCUGUAAUCAAGACUAACAGUGACGGAAGUCUGUCCACCAAGCAGAUCGUUUUCCUGCAGAGACCAGUCAUGAACCGGAAGAAGAGGGAAUCCAAGAAACUAAUCUUCAAGGCCCGGAGCAAGUCCAACAAGAACUGCAUCAAGGAUGUGGAGAAGAACAAGAAGAAAAAGACAAUAACCGAGAAGGAUUCUGAGGAUCUGAAGAUUGCCGGCGACAAAGAAAAAGCUGGACAGGAGGAGGAUAAGACUGUGAGUGAAAGCACAAAUGCACCACAGGUAGAGGCAGCGAGCGAAGCCGAGAAAGAAAGGAAGAUAAAGUGCGAGGAAGAUAAAAAGGUUGAUGCAGGGAUGGUAAUCAGCGUUGAGAAAGUCAUAAGCAAAGAUGGACCAGACAAAAGUGAGGACAAAGAAGCAGAAAACUGCGCCGAAGCGAGAGAAAAGACAGCUCCAGAUGGAGAGGGAUCAGAAGAAAACGGAGAGCCUUUGGGAAAGGAGGAGGUCGAGGAGGUCACUGAAGCAGUUGUGACUGUUGAGACACAAAGCGAGACCAAAGAAAAGGAGCUUGAGGGCAUUUCAAAAGUUGAGUGCGUGAUAGAAAAUGGAAUAGGGACAGAAGAAGAGAAAGAUGACAUUGGAGGGAAUAAAAUCAAAACAGAGGAACUGGUGGAGGCUAACGGCAAGGAGACUGUGACAGAUCCAUCUGCCACAAACCCGAGCGCAGUGGCGGCUCAGGAGUAGCGCCAUGCUGUUCAAGCCGAGCUCUCCCCCGCCCCUACCUCUGAAAAUCCCUAUCUUAAAACAACUGGUUCAUGAUCUUAUCCUGAAUCCAGAUCAAAGGGGGAUUUCCCCGUCGCUGCAGCAUCCUCCAAACCCCCAUCUCUCAUAAACCAUUCCCCCAAAAACCUGCAACAGUGUAGCCAAACGAAUGAAGAUCAUGACAUCAGUCCUACUGUAUAACCACACAUACUGAAUGUAUUUAACAAAGUAGGGGGGGGGGGUGCUUUUGCAGGCAAGUCCAUGUGGAGCCACUGGAUACACUGGAUGGAGAUAGGCAGAGGAGAUUCAGAUUCAGAGAGGAAAAAUAAUCCUCAAAAAGACUUUGUCUUGGUUCCAGUGAGAGUGGAAGAUAAACCAGAGCUGCUUUGUAAUGUUCACUCGCUCGCUAUACUCUCACUAUAGUGUUCUCUAUAGAGAAUUUAGGCUUUAGGUGUAGCUAGUAAACUGUCUCUGCAGCUUACUAGCCAUAUCUGCAGGUUUUAAAAGCAUUAAAAAAUAUAUAUAAAAGGACAUAUCUGGAUAAAGCUGCACAUUUAUUGUCAAUUUAUAUAGCAAGCUAAAUUCCAUUUACCACUCUCAUCUGUCUUCUCUGAUUUAGUUUUCUUAUGUUAUCUUGUUUUACAUUACAAUGUCAGGUGGCUCCAACUGGAUCCAUCUUCAUUAGCCCCAAAUAAAGAGCUAAUUACAGAACUCCACAAACGUCAAUAGUGACUUACAAUACUUACAAUCCAAUCAGAGCAGUGAGCAGUUUAUCCGUAUUUAAAAUUAGGGAAGUUUUAUUUUGCUAUGUCAAAUUCCAGCGUGACCGAGUCUUUCUGGACUUUAAAAGUUCAGAACGCACAUCUUGACAGAGAUAGCUAAGCUUGGUGAGCUUUUCUAGUUGUGUCUGGGCUUUCUUGAUCAAUAAAGCAUCAGUUUGCUUUUGGCUUACAAAGCUAGCUCUGAAACCGUGGCAAAGACCCGGGCCUGCCUCUUCCACCAUUGAAGAUACCAUAAAGGGCAGAGGGUUCCCACAAUAUGUCCGCCCAGGCCUGGAUCACUAUGCCCUUUUUUUUACUUUCUGAUCCAGGAUGCAGAGGAAAUUCAUAGGCGAGCGCUGGUAGAGGUGACGGGAAAGGCAUUUGUUGCGACAGGCAAUCCAAAGUGGGAUGAGGAGAUCAUUGUUUACGCGGAGCUCUAAGCCGUCAAGUGCUUCAAAGAGAGCCGAUAAUCACUCUUUGGUGUGGCGCGCUAAGCUUACCUUGCAUACAGAAUGUUCCCAAGAGUAUUCCCAAGCCCAGUCAGACAAGGAUGUGAAAUCCAGCCGAACGUUUGCUCUCCUCAAGGACAGGAUCAGUACUUAGGUUUUACACUGUUAGCUUUACGUACAGGAGAGAGGAGGCUUUCUGCACGGAAACAAGGUCAUGCGAUGUGCGGUCAGGGCCAGUCCUUGUUCUGCGUUGAAGCCAGAAGUGAAGACUGUGAAGGAGAAAGUGAGACAGAGAAGGAAAGACAGCGGAACCCGAAAAUACUCAGAUAACACAGACAAAUCGUCUCGUUUAAAGCAACAGCCGUUAACGACCAACAUUUACCGGAGAGUUUUAUUCUUUUUUUGACAUUGCUCUUCGCGCAGCUCUCACCGGACACAGUGUCUGACAUUAACGGGGACAUAAUGCGCUGUUUCGUGGCACUGCGUGGCUUUCCAUUUUAGAGGUGGAACAAGAGAAAGUGGGGAGCUUGGCUCUCUGUGGAUCACUAAUGGAUUUUGUCAGUGGGGGAUCUGUCGGUAAUCAUGCAUUUGUAAUGGGUGGGGGGCGGGGGGGGGGGGUCACUUGUUGGGGGAGUUAUUAACAACAAAACACCUCAACCUGUCAAGCUUCACGUUUAACAAGGAUGUCAUGUGGAUCCGUUUGCACCGCAGACGGUUAUACCCGUUUUGUAGACCAUUAGCGUUUUGCUGUUAAAAAAGUACCUGCUGCCCUCCGAUGAUUUGUCAUUUAUCUUUUUAGUGUUGUGAUAAUAAAUAUGUGGUGAAGAAAAGUAUUUCUUCUCUGGAGAAGAAACUCCACAUUUUCAAGCGCUCUCCUGCCUCUGUUGAGAUUCCUUUAAAUGUAAAAUGGCAAUUUUUUUUUUUUCUGUGUAGAGUAGAAUAUAAAACUGUGACCAGUUUAGCCUUAUUAAUAUACUGUAAAUGGCCCAGAAUCUGCUAUUAGAAAUGUUUGUUUUUUUAAGCGGAAUAUUGGUGAUUUAAAUGUUAUAUGUUUGUUAUAGUCAAACGGCAACGUUUUGCUCCGGUUGGUGUUUUGGAGGAUAUUAUUCUUGGGAUUAGGAGUGUUGGGAUAAAAGUGUUCGUCCAUAUGAAGAUUUUAUACUUUUUGUUCAUUUCUGACAUCUCUUGAACAUGUUCUUGAUUGUGAGUAUUUGGUUUUCAAGUAAAAAAAAGAAAAAAAAAAUGAAAAAAAAAUGAAAAGGCUUCAUGUUGCCUCCGCUUGUCGUGCUAAAGCUUGCAAAAAUGCAUUGCUGACUGGCGCUUUGAGCUACCUCCUCAGGGCUGAUGUUGGCUUUCGACUGAGGGGGGUCGCGGUAAGUGCGACCCCUGGAAACAUAUGCUCGCUGUCCUCCAGCGCUCCAGAAUGACAGAGAAACGAACUGUGAGCAUGAGGUCAUCCCUCAUGGCAGCCAAGGUCAACGCGUCUGAGGGAAAAUGGAUUUUUCUCAGCUGUACAAACAGAAGAUUGCAAGAGCACCUCAUGAUUUAUAACUUCUCUGAUAUUUAAUUUAAAUAUUUUGUGUCUUUUUUUUUAAAGAUGAUUAGGAUUUAAUAGACACUCCUAGGUCCAUUUAGUCUGAAACUGACAAACGGGAAUUAGUGAAGACAACAUUCUGAUCCUAGUGUUUCAGUCAAAUCAAGGAAUAGCUUAAAAGUUUGUCUAUCUAAGUUGAAUGUAAUCAAAAAUUUGAGUUCAUCAAGUGAAUGGAGUACGUAGUGUUAUUACCCAAAGAGGAAUACUGUACAUUUCAAGCAUUUUUUUUUCUGUUCACCGUGAGGAUUAUGGCUAUACCAUGACAAUUAGAAUAUUACACAAAACAAAUAAAUAAGUAUUUUAGUGCUAUAUGAAUUUGUUUUGCAAAAAGGAAGUUCUUCUAAAUGGAAUCAGGCUUCGGUCGGGGCUCCUUUUGCUUGAAUCAUUGCAUCGAUUGACAUGGUGGAAAUCCGCCUGUGGCUCUGCUGAGGUAUUGAUGAAACCUUCAGCCAAUCUGCUUUGCUGGGUCUGGCGUCUCUCAUCUUCCUCUUGACAACCCCCCCAUAUAUUCUCUGUAGGCUUUAUGUCAGGCCACCUCAGUAGCCGACUGAGCACAGUGGAUAGCACGACCAUUUAAGCAGAUCUUUGGUACUUUUUGACAGCGUGGGAAGAAGCAAAGUCCUGCUGGAAAAUGAAAUCAAUACCUGCAUAAAGCUUGACAGCAAAGGGAAGCACACAGUGCUCCAUAAGUCUGUGGUACACAGAUGCACUGACUUUGGUCAAAACAUAGUCAACCAACACCAGCAGCCUUGGCUCCAUAACUCAUUAGUGAUUGUAAAAACUUUGCUCUGGACCUUGAGUAACUCGGAUUAUGUGCCUCUUCAAAGCUCAUCCAGAAUCUGGGAUCUUGAUUUCCAGGUGAAAAGCAAAACUUGCUUCAGCGUAUUCUAAUAAACCCUGGUUCGGGAGUAGCUUAGCCUAAAUCCCAAAGUAACAAUGUGGAUUGGCUAUUUAAGCUCUGACUCCCUCCACAUUUUGUGAAUCUUCCACAACCUCUUAAAUUUACUUUGCUUUUCAUCCUGUUAUCCCUACUGCUUGUUCCUCUUUUUCAUCCACAAUAUUUCCAUCCACUCAGCUUUCCAAUAAAAUCACUAGAUACAAUGCUCAGUGGAUAGCCAGUGUCUGGGAAUUAUUUUGUGGCUUACCCCCACGAAAGGGGGUGGUGGAGGCGACUGUCUGCUGGUCAACCUUCAAGUCAGCAGUCUUCCCGUGGCUAAGACAUGGCUAUAAUUAAAUACUUUGACAUUAAAACUCCUGUUUUAGUUUUGUCUAACGCCAGUCAUUGAGGCCUGUCUCUUGCUUCUUUAAAAUAUGUUUGAUUCAACACACGUACAUCAAGUGAUUCGAUCAUUAGUGGGACGAACUUUAAUGCAUGCCGAGGAAUCAAUUCAGCCCUUUGAUCCAGGUGUGCCAGGGCACCUAAAAGUCAGAGUUUGACAAUGCCGGAGUCUAAUGUAAUGUUUUAACUUUCUGAGAAAUUUAAUUUUCGCUAGCUUUUUAGCCAUAAUCAUCAAAAGAAACAGAAAUAAAUGCUUAAAAUAUAUUAGUGCACGAGGAACGACUCUAUUCAUAAGUUUCAAUACUUGAUAUUCUUGAGAUUUAAACUGUGGUCAACUUGUUUCCGUGCUCCUGUCUUCUGCUGUUUUUAUGUUUGUUUUACUAUCUGAAAAGUGCGGCUCAAACCUUCCCAUUUGGCUUUCUAUGAACACAAGACAGGUCAUAUUCCACUACUGAAGCCUUCUCUGGAAAACAAAUUAGAUAAUCAGUUAACGAGGUAAGCUUAAGGGAAGUGAUCGAUUUUCAUUGCGGCUUGGCGACACGGACAACAGAAGCCUUGGCAGAGGAUCCGGCCCUGUUUGAGCCCGUCUCGUACCUGAGCCCUUCAGGACGCCGUCUCUCCUCAAAAAGCACUUACUGUAUGGGUUGCUGUGCAGUCUAACCUCUGGCAUGGACAUGCCCAAGGGACUGUGGGUAAUUAGGGUUUUUUCUUUUAUUAUUUUUGCCUGGUGUUAUGUUAACACAGGCAGGGAGAGAUAAGCGAGGCAGAAUGUGACAUUUAAUCAGUUAAACGAUGCUGAACCAUGUUAACUCUGCCGUGCGUGAAAAGGAGGGGACCUUUGACUAAUGUUAGACUCAAAUAUACAUCUGCGCUCCCCUCCACUCAUAGUAUCAGUGAAAAAUAUACAGCUUGCUCUCUUAAAUCAGCUUAAAUGUUUCUGGGCCUGAGUAGUGGCGCUAUUGCAAUCGCUCUUGGUAAUGCUAUGGACAAAAAAAAAAAAAAACCCCGCAAUGGUUCAUUUCCUGUGUGCUACAAUGAUGUGAAACGGACAACGCAGACGUGACAGAACAUGACACAAUGGGAUGCAGUCACUUUUUUUUUUCCUGUGUUGUCACUUUAGCUUUGGCUCACAGCCUCUGGAAAAAUGUAUUGUUUGAUUUUCUUUCUCUCGGGUGUAUUUCUUAUCACCUCAAGCUGCCAUCUUGAAUGUUAAGUAUCUUCGAUCAUGUGCCGUUGUCACUUGCAUUGAUGUAGAAAAAGUAUUCUUUAUCUUUCCUAUUCUGAGUAUGUCAACAUUCCUACUGUCCUUGACAUCUGUACAAUUUGUAUAUUAUAAAAUGAUUUAUAUUUAAUGUG